AUUUAUGAUUUUAAAAAUUGAAGGGAAAAUUUUAAGAUGUUGGGAAUUGGGCGAUGAUUGUCGUGUCGUGUAGCUUGAAUGUUCAAUUUGAAAAGAAUAUCUUAGAAAUGGUGCGAAAUUCGAAAAGCAGGAAGGGCCACUCAGAAUCAUUUGAGCAUCUCCGCAUUUUUUUGAAGAUCCAUUCACCACCUAUUUAUUUUCUUCUCCAAAUGAAUUUGCUCAUUUGCAGAUUUCUGUGGCAUCAUUAAUCUGUGUUAGCUUUCCACAUUCGAUCGCACAGUCGAAUUCUCGACUUCUCUCUUUGCAGCGGCGUGCUCCUUCAUUCCCCUUGCAAUUAAGGGGCAGAGAAUGGGCAAGAAUGAAGCGAAUCGCAGUGCGGUGAAAUCGUGCGAUGCAUCUGAUGAUAAUUCAGGGGAAGGGAAAGGAAAGAAAUUGUGGAAGAAGGUGAAAUACCAGCUGGUGGAGUACCAUGCGCUGCCUGGAUAUUUGAAGGAUAAUGAGUAUAUCCUUGCUCAUUACAGAGCUGAAUGGCCUUUGAAGCAGGCCUUGCUCAGCAUUUUCUCCAUUCACAAUGAGACCCUCAACGUCUGGACGCAUUUGCUUGGCUUCUUCCUUUUCCUCUCUCUAACCAUUUACACUGCUAUGAAGGUUCCAAAUGUCGUGGACCUGAAUUUGCCGAGUGCGCUCAGAAAUGCUGAUUUUCAGAAAUUGCAUGCAGAUCUCAUUACUUGCCUCCCAUCCUUGCCACAUAUGCCCGCUCUUCACAAACUUCGAGAGGAGUUGAAAACUUCAUUGCCUUCAAUGAACUUGUCACCAUACUUAUCCAACUGGCACAUUAUGGAACUCCUCUCUAACUGUUUACCUGAGAAUCUGAAUUACAGCAACCACACUGAUACUUGUGUUCUGCAUAAUAUGAAAGAGGAUGUGGCGAACAUAAUAGCUCCAUUGUUGGUGAGGCCAAUCACGCGUUGGCCGUUCUUUGCUUUCUUGGGUGGGGCUAUGUUCUGCUUGCUAGCCAGCAGCACAUGCCAUUUGCUCUCCUGUCACUCUGAACGCCUAGCAUACUUCAUGCUUCGGCUAGACUAUGCAGGGAUCGCUGCCCUCAUCUCGACAUCCUUCUACCCGCCCGUCUACUACUCCUUCAUGUGCUAUCCUUUCUUCUGCAAUCUCUACAUGGGGUUCAUUACUUUACUAGGAAUUGGGACAGUCCUGGCAUCCCUUCUCCCAGUGUUCCAAACACCUGAAUACCGCACCUUCCGAGCAUCCCUUUUCUUCGCGAUGGGUUUCUCCGGUGCAGCCCCCAUCUUACACAAGUUAAUCCUGUUCUGGCACCAGCCAGAGGCACUCCACACAACUGGAUACGAAGUUUUGAUGGGGCUAUUUUAUGGCGUAGGAGCACUGGUGUAUGCAAUGAGAAUCCCGGAGAGAUGGAUGCCGGGGAAGUUUGACCUUGCCGGGCACAGUCACCAGCUCUUCCAUGUUCUAGUCGUAGCCGGGGCUUAUACGCAUUAUCGUGCCGGACUUGUGUAUCUUAGGUGGAGAGACCUGCAAGGAUGCUGAGAAUUGUUAAGAGUAAGUUUAGGUGGUAAAUAUUUCUAUUCAGUGGUAGCUUAUAUUGCCAUCUUUGUGAUGUUGUGCACAAAAUAAUUGGACUUAAAGGCUUCAACAAGAAACUACUAGUAGUAUUACUACUGCACUGUAGUAUUAAAUCCCAUUUCGUGUUAAUGUUUUUUAAGUGACGUGCAA